AUGGCCGGCCUGAGAUGGAGAGAGUGGUUGAACACGAUGUCCUUCCCCACGCGGCGAAUCUGGAAUCGCUUAACUGUUCGCGUCGGAUUCCGCCACAGCGGACUCUUGAGGUUACAAAACGAUGUGAGUUCUUGCGAGUACGAAGACAUACACAUCAUGUGGAAUCUAUUGCAUAAGAACGAAGAUCCAACACCGACACGUGGCGCACGUAUCCAACAACGAAUUCAACAAAGGAAGAAAGCUUGUUGGAAUCUCUUCGGUUCUUAUCUUUGCCAAAGAUUCUGA